CUUCUUGCCGUCUUCCCCGCAGGCACCUCCGCGCUUGUACAUCAACACCUUCAACCACGAGUGUUCUCACGCCCUACAUGCGCAUGCAAAUGACGCCGUCGUCCGCACUGAGCGGCGCCGAGCCUGUCAUAUAUGCGCCCAAAGCGGCGUUCACGUACCGCCGCAUUGACGAAGAGGAUGCGUCCCCCGCGCAUCUUCCCCAUCCUCCUGCCCCGUCGACCUCGGGUGUUUUUCAGCCGUGGUCUUCUGCAACGGACGCCAAGCCUGAGUCGACUAACGUUGUGUCGGCCCCCAUGCAGACGCAAGAGUUGACGUCCCCAGUCUCGGCUAAAAGUCCCAAGCAGUCCAAGCGCGACCUGUUCGUGUGCCCCGAGGUGCACUGUGGCAAGCAGUUCCCACGUUCCUUCGCAUUGCGGCGGCACAUGCGUAUCCACACAGGCACGAAGCCAUACGCCUGCGACUACCAGGGCUGUGCGCAGCGUUUCAACACGUCAGGCAACCUUAGUCGCCACAAGCGCAUUCACAGCGGUGAACGGCCCUACCCGUGCUUCUUCGAGACGUGUGGCAAGCGCUUCAACACGAGCACCAAACUCAAACGACACAUGCGUAUUCACUUUCCAGACGGACAGAACCUCUUCCGGUGUACGGAGCAGGGCUGUUCAUGGGCUUGUGACAACUACAAGGAGUAUGUACAGCACCAAAAAUUGCACGGCAGUGUGGCUGAGGGAUUUAACAACACCUCGGACGAGAAUAUCAACGCUAGCAACGGCAAUAGGGAGAGCCCCAAGGCGACACGUGUAAUGCCCUCGCCCAUGGGCGUCAUGCAUCCGGGCUCCGAGCCUCGACACGUCGAGUUCCCGCAGCACGUACAGCCGUCAGUUAUGAACGACGACUUCUACCAGGACCGCAGGAUGUACGGCAAUGUCCCCAACCCACCGAUGAUGAUGCACAAAGAGUCCCAGCAACGGGAAGAACAAGCCUAUCGCCGCGUUCCAGGCGGGUCCGUCCUAACGUCCAAGUCCUUUAUGGACGACAGGACUCAGUCUCAAGGAGCACCGCGCCUUCCAUUCCCGACACGUGCCUUCCCGUCCGAGACCGGUUUACUGGGCUCUUCGUUUCAUCCUCUGACUCACUUGCCAUCGACGUCCUCGCAUCGUUACUAUGACUCAACAACUGCGGCCAGUUCUGUUGAUAUGGCUACAUCUAGCACUCCGAAUUACGUGCCAUCGGGCUCGUAUGUGUCUAGUCAAGUCCCAUACUCGUCGUAUGUGCGCGGGGGAGAGAGCAAUGUACUUGUGAGUUCGUACCAACCUUCGUCAACGACGACGACGUUCAUGACGUCGGAGCCCCAGUACACGCCGUCUAUCCGGCAGUACGAGAGUUCGUCCCCACACGAUGCUAGACAGCAUUCUCCAGCUCAGCAACCGCAAUCGCAGCCAGGGUACGGAAACAAUCCCGUGCCGGCUGAAUUCACUGGAGAGGAGCUCAGUGCUGUGCUGGAGCUAAUGAAGGACUCGUGAGCGGAAGGUGGAGAGGACGGAGAUGUUUGUUUAUAAGCUUGGAAACUCUUUGGAGUGGAAAAGUAUUCUAGUUUUUUGAAGUAGUGAGGCAGUUCGAGUGCAAGUGCACAAUGUGCCUGCACUUUAAUGUUGUAAAUAGGAUAUUUGCUAUGACAUUGACAACUAAACCGACUGCAAUGGCUUCAGCAGAUGCAGAAGCGCCACGUGUAACUUCA